AUGAUUAGAAACGUUGAAAAAUUUCAUGUUUAUAAUGUUCUUCCUCUUUUACUUGAUUUUGAUAAUUUGAAUGCUGUACAACGUUGUACUAUCUAUUUUCUUAUACGUUCAAUAGCUCAGAGUGAUAAAUCAUUAUUGAAACAACUUGAAAGUGCAGAUAAAUCAGUACCGGGAAUAAUUUCACCAAAAGAUCAUAUUAACAUGUUUGGUAUGCGUUAUCAUGAUAUUCUAAUCGAUAAUUUAAAUAAUCUAUGCUCAUUCAAAAUAAAUGAUCGUUCAUUAGUUAGUCAUUGUGAUGGUGAAUUUUGUAUUGUCAUAAAUGAUUUAGAAGAAGAAAAAGAUGGUCGAUUUAAUGGAAAUUCAAUUCGUGUACAAAAAUUUUCUUCUAGUUUGUCAAAACAAAAUAAAUUGAUUUAUGAAGAAGUUUUUGCUACAAUGCCAACUGAUCAUGCUAGAAAAUUUAUUCAAAUUACUGUAUAUAAUAACAUAGCUAAGAUGAAAGAUGCUGAUCCAAUAAGAGUAUAUUACCAAAUUUAG